CUUACUUCCUCUUACCUCGUUCCUCUUCCCUCUUCCUCUUUUUCUAUUUUCCUGUUUCUUCGUUCCAGCUCUAACUUCUUUCCGUCCUCGUCUCUUUCGUCUACGUUCUUGUCUACGUUCUUUGCAGGCAAGACACCAUGACCUUGCCAGACGGACGACGCAAACGAGCAGUAGCCUGCUCCUUCUGCAGAAAACGCAAAAUCAAAUGUGAUCAAGAGGCACCCUGCGGCAACUGUCGACGUUCCGGACACGAAAACUGUGCCUAUGAGAACAACCAGCCUCUGUCUCAGACUCAGCUCGACGAGAGCCAGACGACUAUUCCUGAAUCAAUUCCAAUGUCCCAGGACUCAACCCCCCUUGGCAGGACACCCAGUGUGAGCGAGUGGACCUUUCCAUACCCCUCAGGCUCACCGGUCACCCCUUCGACGGGCACAGGAGUGUGUACGAACUUGAUGACUUGUCACAAUGCUGAGUUGAUGGCUUUGAGGGCCAAGACUGGACAGCUCGAAUACCGGAAUCGAACUCUCGAGGAGCGAAUUCGACAACUUGAGGGCCAGCUAUCCGAACAAACUCCAGCGCCCAUCCAGGGUUUGAGCCUCGAUCUCGAGAUGAUAAUGGGCGGAAUCCUUGAUAUCCCUCGUGAGCGCGACUCACCUUCCCAGUGUAAGGGCAUCAUCUGCUGUGUUGUAGACAACGCUCGCUUCUUUGGUCAGAGUCAUUGGGCUGUCAAUGGAAUUCUGCUAAUCAGUGACAUCUUUGAAACGAUCGAGGCCCAUCUACGAGAGAGCCCGUCGAGCCCGUUGAGCCCCUGGUCCGGUCUGGAGAGGUGCAAGUUCUUGGCAAGGAUCAUUAAAGCGCGGCGAAUAUCUUCCAUGUCCUCGCUACCCACGCCUGGCUUGCCCCCUAAAGAGGUUGCCGACAAACUAGUCGAUUGCUACCUCCGCACGACUGAAGCUAUUUAUCGAAUCCUGCAUGUCCCUACAUUCCUGAGGGAUUAUGAAGCGCUUUGGGUGUCUGAUACAACGGCCAAUACGGCCUUCUUGGCUCAGGUCAAGCUUGUACUCGCUAUCGGUGCGACUACGUACGAUAAAAACUUCUCGUUGCGGACUUCAGCUGUGCAAUGGAUUCACGAGUCGCAAGUUUGGUCUUUAGAGCCCAAGCUCAAGUCACAGUUGAACAUCCAAUCUUUGCAGACUAACCUCAUUCUUUUGCUUGCCCGUGAAAGGGUAGGGGUCGACGGAGCCUCAAUCUGGAUUUCGAUGGGUGCACUAAUUAGGCAGGCAAUCUGCAUGGGCCUACACAGAGAUCCAGUCCCCCUACCUCAAAAUACAGUCUUAGUGGUGGAGAUGCAUCGAAGGCUCUGGAACACGGUCCUAGAGCUGGCACUGCAGUCCAGUUUGACCUCUGAGGGACCUCCUCUUAUCUCUUUUUGGGAUUAUAAUACCAGACCUCCCAGAAACUUCAAUGACGACCAACUCCUGGCCGAUGAUCCGGUGCCAAGCCCAGUAGAUACCUUCACGCAAACGUCUAUCGCAAGAGCGCUCCGCAAAACUUUUCCACAGCGCCAUAUCGUGGUCAAGUUUCUGAACGAUCUCGCCUCCCCCGGCACAUACAAGGAGACUUUGUGGUUUGACGAAGAGCUACGUGUAGCAUAUAGAGAUAUCAGUCAAACCCUGAAAGCAUGUAGCAGCUCGAGCACUCAAUCCUCGCCAUCCCAAUUCGAGAUGCAGGUGGUCGAUUUCCUCAUGCACCGGUACCUUUCGGCUCUUCACGUUCCGUACUUUGGUCCAGCACUGCACGAGAGAGCCUGCAAUUUCUCCCGGACGGCGGUGGUUGAAUCGUCACUCAAAAUCUGGCGCGCGGUGCAUUCCUACAGCGAUGCAGCGUCCGACUGUGGCGAUCUACAGCAGCUCGCGAUCUGCAGUUCGGGCUUCUAUCGGACGGUGACCAUUCAUGCCGCGUUGCAGAUCGCAAUGGAGCUUCGGGCGCAGCUGCAGAAUGAAGAAGGUCUGAGUCCCAUCACUUUGCGACCGGAUCUGCUGGCGGUGCUAGACGAGGUUAAGGAUUGGUGCCUGAAAAUCCACGAGGCCGGUGAGACUAACGUCAAAGGUUACCUGCUCAUGAGUUUGGUUGCAGCACAGAUCGACGGGCUCAGGCGCGGUUUGGGGAAGGACGAGAUUGCCAAGUUGUUGAUUCAAACUGUGGAGAAGGUUGGAGAAAAAUGCUUGCCGAUUCUGGAAGACAUGGCGGCCGCCCAGGACCAGGGUACUGACCAGGUAUCGUGCGAGGGAAUGGAGGAGGAAUUGGACUUUCUGUCAGAAUUCAAGUUUGACAGUCAGGGCAACGUUGAUGUGAUGAGUUGGAUGUACGACGAAAUCAACACCGGAUCGCCGUCAGUUUGGUGACGAGGGUUUGUCUUCGAGAUAAUGAUUACUUUAAUUGGGCCGGACGCUGCCGUUGGGGUAAAAAAAGUAUGUUUUAUGAGAGAAUGUGGGGGAGGCUAUUAAUAGUACCUAGCGAUAGAUUGAUAGUGAUAGAAUUCAUUUAGGUUGAGUA